AUGCGUUUCACCGUCCCCUUGAUUGUCAUGGCCGCGGCCCUUACCAACGCCGCAGCCAUCCCUGAGGCAAACGCCUUGUCUCCUGUCAUCAUCACCAGCGACGGCCUGACCUCCGAGGUCCUCGACCUCGCCGCCGAUCUCGAGAAGCGUCAAACCCCCUCCGCCAACGCCCAAGUCAUCGGCGACCACUCUGGCGCCGCCGGUCAAGCCGUCGGCCGUAUCUUCAACGCCCUCCUCAACAAGCUCCUCCCCCUUAAGGACUGGAACCCGGCCCGUGAGACCUUCACCAAGCAGACCACCGCCCUCAUGUACCAGAACAACCCAGACCGCAACCGUUGGGUCGCUACCGUGUGCUACAACAAGGGCUGGGACGUCAAGGACCGCCGCGCCAUUUCCGAUGUUGUCAGCAUGACGCUCAAGUUGGGUGCUUUCCACACCAACUACGACUGCAUGUACAUUGGUCGCCACAACCAGUUCUACACUCAGUCUGACGGUGGCUACAUCAACCUUGCCUUCCAGUACGACAGCAGGUUCUGCAGCUACGAUGGAAACACUGCCGAUCUUACUUGCAACUAA